AUGAAGGUGAUAUCUGAUCAGGCAGUGACUGAGUUUUUGAACAAAACUCUUUCCAAAGAAUCAAUUCUCGAUGCAUUUCAACCAACAUUACUCAAGAGUUUGACAACUUAUUCCCAAGAUUCUGACCAUAUAGUACCUCCCAGAACUGUUCAACCAUCCAAUAAUCCCAAUUCAGAUACCACACACAUAUAUAUGCCAUGCAUAUCUCCAGAUGAAGUAGGACUUAAGGUAAUCAGUGGUGGUCCUGGAAAUAAUUCCAAGGGGUUGGGAUUCCAAGGAUGUGUAUUGAUAAUGGAUGAAAUCACCGGACAAUUGAAGGCUGUACUUAAUGCCAAUAACUUGACAGCUUUUAGAACGGCAUUGGCAAGUAGUUUAGGUUUGACAAAGUUAAUUGCCCCUAGCAAUGCAAACAUUUUACCAGAAUUGAGUGCUUUCGGUGUCGGUUUGCAAGCUUACUGGCACAUCAAACUAGCCUUGUUAUUGUAUGAAGGUAAAAUUAAAGAAGUCAAUAUUUUAAAUCGUACAUUGAAAAAUGCUGAGAAAUUAGCAGACAGACUUUCCAAGGAAUUCAAAAACGUCAAGUUUAACAGUUUCCUGUAUCAAGAUGAAUCACUGGGAUUCAUUCCUCAUGUUCAAAAUAGUUCAAUUAUAUUUGGAUGUACUCCAGCAACAUCUCCAAUAAUCAAAAAGGAAUAUUUGAACACAAACCCAGAAGUCCCCAAAUUCAUAUCUUUGAUUGGCUCGUACAAGCCUCAUAUGAUUGAGUUGGAUUUGGAUUUAUGUAAAGAACUCAAACAAAAGGGCAUUUCUAUCAUAGUUGAUUCUAAGGAGCAUACAUUGCAUGAAGCUGGUGAGUUGAUACAAGCCGAGUUUGAUGAAACCCAAUUGAUUGAAAUCCAUGAGUUGUGUGCAGAUUUUGAUGCUACUGUUACAGACAAGAGUACUGGUAUUACAGUUCAAAAGAUUGUUGGUUUAUCAAUUAUGGACUUAUCCAUUGGUAAAAUGAUUUCAAACGAAAUUGGAAAUAAUGCAGUUGUUGUUGACGAUUUCUAA